UCAUCAGGUGCGUCUCCAGGUGUAAGCCAGGUUUCCCACUGGUGUGUCCUGAACCUGUCUCACCUGAUCCAACCGUCUCACCUGAUCCAACCGUCUCACCUGACUGCUGCUGCCGUCGACUCCCCGACAGACCCAAAUUAUCAGGAGCAACAUGGAGUCCAGAGAAGAAGAACCACACGAUGACCCACUCAGCUCACAGCUGACAGGUGAAGACAACACAGGUGAUCCUACAGGUGCUGCUCACACUUCUCCUGCUGCAGCUGACAGCAGAACUUUAACCAUCGACACGCCUCCUGAGGAAACAUGUGAGGAUCAGACAAGUCCAGAGGAGGAGGAGGAGGAGGAGGAGGAGGAGGAGGAAACAGGUGAGCUGAUCAGAGGAAACAGCGUCACCACAGAGGCACCAGGUGAGGAUGCAGCAGGUGUGAAAAGUGUCUCAGCUGCUGGAGACCAGGAGGGAGACCAGGGUGAGUCCACCUUCAUCUCUCCUUCAGGUUUACCUGGAGUGGGGCCAGACUCCGCCCCCCAGCCAGGAGCUGUUGAAGAUGAGUUUGUCUCGGAGCAGAACUCAUCGGCACCGACCCAAGACAGACCAGCUCCUCCCACCAGUCUGCUGUUGUCAAAACCAAAGAAGAAGAAAGUCCUGGUGGCUCCAUCUCUCAGUCUGUCUCUAGGUCACAGUGAGUCGACAGUUUCAGACGACUUCCCCUCAGUCUUCCUUUCUCCUUCAUUUGACGACGAUGAUGACACAGGACUCGACUUCGACUUGGACGCCAUGGAAACGCCCUCCGACAGUGAAUCUCUGCGCUUUCCCAUCUAUGACUUGGACCUUGAAGAUGACUUGCGGCGUCUUGGCGUUGCGACCCGGCGUUGUGCAGGGCUCAGCUCCAGUACCAGCUCCAGGUUUGAUCCACAGACUGGUUCUGGACCUGCAAUAGACCAGAGUGAACUGGGAGCUCUGGAGCGGGAGGACAUGGUGGACAGUCAGGGCACCAGGUGGCGCUGUUUCUCCACAGGUGUCCCACCACAGGAGAGCCGGGUCAACAUGAGCGUCCUGGAGCCGUAUCUCAGGGUUCUGUCUCACGGAGGUUACUAUGGUGAGGGCAUGAAUGACAUCAUCGUGUUUUCCUCCUGCUACCUGCCACAGAACAGUCUGGACAGUUACCAGUACGUGAUGGACAAUCUGUUCAGGUACGUCGUCGGGACUCUGGAGCUGAUGGUGGCAGAGAACUAUGUGGUGGUGUAUCUUUGUGCUGGAGGCCAGAAAGACAAACUGCCGGGAAUCAGCUGGCUGAAAGAGUGUUACACCACCAUCGACCGCAGGUUGAGGAAGAACCUGAAGGGUUUCUACGUGGUUCAUCCCACCUGGUACAUCAAAGCUCUCGCCACCAUCAUCAAACCCUUCAUCAGCUCUAAGUUCAGCAGGAAGCUGCAGUUUGUCGACAGUCUCCAGGAUCUGUCUCACUUCGUCCCCACUGAGCAUGUGCAGAUCCCCGACUGUGUCUCACAGUACGAUCAGAGCCUGUCCAGGUGAGGCUCAGCUAACACCUGGAGCCUCUGGACCGGUUCUGGUCCAUGUGACCUGCAGCGGUCUUCAGUCUGCAGCAACUUUGACUGUCAGUUUGAAGACGACUGAUGUCAGAAAUCAGCAGCUAGCUGCUGCUGCUAACUGCUGCAGCUAGCUGCUGCUAACUGCUGCUGCUAACUGCACUCCAGUGUUGAUCAAAACCUUCUAAAUAUCAAAGUUCCCUCUGAGAAUCAGAAUCAGAAAAGCUUUAUUGCCAAGUACGAUUUUACACAUACGAGGAAUUUGUUGUGGUGAUGUUGGUGCAUGCAUCAAAUAUUAAGUGAAACUAUUAAGUGAAAAUAUAACAAAUUAACAAUAUAAACUAUUUUAAAAAGUACAAAAUAUAACUAUACAAUAUAAAUAUAUAUACACAAUCAGCGUGAAACAGCGUGUCCUGAUGAUGUCACAGUGACGGAGCUCCUGAUCUGUAAUCAGAUUACAAUCUGAACAUCAGAGUCUCAGUGUUACAGCUGCUGAUCCGACAUGGUGUUGAUCCAGUUGUUGGUUCUGACCCUCAUUCUUAUGACAGCUGCUCAGUGAAAUUCCCGGGUCUGAAAUACUCAGAUCGUCCGUGUUGUUCAGCCCGUAGAGCGAGCCGCUAACUUCCUGUUUAGUGUCGGGCUAACUUGAAUAAAGAUAAAGCAGCUAGCUGGAUACGGCAUCUACUUCUUCUUCUUCUUCUUCUUCUUCUUCUGCCCCUUGUGAACAUUUUAACACCUUAUUAUCGGAUCUGAUAUCUGAUGUAACUAAUUAUGUUUCUGUAUUUUUGGAGCUCCGUCGAUCAAAGUGAUCAGAGUGUCAGGAUGUUUUAUUUCACACCGUCAGUGUUCAGGUGAAAUGUCGUGUUCUGCUCUGUAAAGUGUUUCCUGGUGUUGGUGAAGAGAUUUAUAGAACCGGAGCUGAACCGUCAACCUGCCGUGUUCAGACUCUCAGGAUGUUUGUGGUGCUGAAUAAAAUCAUGUUCAUGUGUUGAAACUGUGACGAGUCCUCA